UUGUACAAGUGUGAUCAUAUGAUUGCCUGAUUAAGCGAAAAACCAGUCACUAUUAUAUUUCUUUAUACACAAUCAUUGUUAAAUAAUUUCAAGAGUUAUUUCUUAGAUUUAUAGUGAGAAAUGGAGCAGUUUCGAGAUAUUAUGAUGGAGGCAGAUAGCGAUGAGGAGGUGAUUGAUAACGAAAAGCUCGAGGAGCCGAAAAAUCCUCUGCAGGUCGAGGCGGCCAUUAAAAUGCGGCUUGACAGACUCGAUGAAAGUAUCGGCAAAACACUGAAGUACGUCAAGAAGAGAACAGGCCACAAACCGAUCCUGAGGAAGCUGAGCUUCAAGCAUUGGAAGCCGGUUCUGCAGCUGAUCAUGAGAGCCGAGGUACUUCAGGAAGUGGUGGACCAUCCGAGCUACAAGCCUGUGAGAGGCAUCGCUCUCUCAAUGCUGGAACAAUUGGCACAGGUGAAAAUAAAAAAAGACUACGUCAAAAAAGUCUGCCAGCUGGUCAAAACGCCCGUGACCGGUUUCUCGGAGGACAUAAUGAAAGAGCUUGUCAAGAAAUUCAUGGGAGAAGAAGGUAUACAAGAUCGUAUAAAUGCCAUACUUAAAAAACGCAAGAAAGCAGAAUUGUUCAGGGCGAAGCUCAAUUCGAAAGGGGUGGUGAUUUCAGACAAGCUCGAAAGAGUUCUUCAAAUAAGAGAAAAUUAUCAGGCCCUUAAAAAAAACGUCUUGACUCAAGCCGACGAGAGAUGUAAGGUGCUUAGCAGCAAAAAGCAAUACAUGGACGCCAUGACGCAUAGAAAGAAAAUCAGAGAUUACUUUUUAGUCACGUGGAAAAACGAAUUGGAAAAGGAAUGGAGUAAAAUGAGCAGACAGGCGAGCAAACUAAACGCUUGCAAGCACGUAAGGAAACGUCUUAGAGAGAUGAAACACAAGAAAAAAGUAAUGACAGUCCAAUUGGCGUCACUCCCGGCGACUGUCAGACGACACCUUAUAACGGCCGAAGUGACAAAAAUGUAUAGAGAUAUAAAGAGAAGCGUCGAAGAGAUCAAAAGUAAAAAACCCGGGUUUGAAACUAUAAUGCUGAGAAAUGUAGAGAAAAGGAAGCAUAAGAAGUUCCUCAAAGUCGCCAGAAAGAAGAUGCUAAUGAAAGAAGAGGAAAGCAGGCAGAGAGCCAUGAGAACUCGUUACAAGAAGAAAAAAUUGCUCCAAUCGCAGAAAGCUAUAAAAGAACUUCAGUGUCAUUUGAGAAAGACGAACGAAAUGAUAAAGCAGCAAAUUUCAAAACCGAUCAUCAAAACCAAUUCGGACGUUUCGAAAUCAUCUACACUUCAUAAAUCAGUGCGGAAAGCAGAUAAGGCGCAAGAAGCUUCAAAGGCUUCGGGAGGUGAAAGUCUUGGUGGUGUGUCGAAUGAUCAAUUUUACAAAAAAAUCACAAGUAUGGAAGAAAUUCCUAUAAAGCUCAAGGACGAAGGAUUCAAUAUAAAGCCUGAUUCCGUCAUGAAAGUAGAGGUCGGCGAGAGUACUGAUUUAAUACCAGACGCGAGUAGUAUGUUCCUCGACGACAAGGAUAACACCUGGAGGAAGAAGAAAAACAAACGGACCAGGAAACGCUCAGUUACGGAAACCGAUAACAAGAAGAGGACGGAGAUGAAAAGAAUAAGCUACUUCGAAAAGAUCCAGAAAAAAAUAGAAAAGAAUGAAUUGGUCGAGAUGUAUACAAAGAGGUUGCACGAGAGGAUCAUGUCGCUAAAUAAGGCCUCGGCCGAGCAGCACCAGUCUAAACAAUUAAGAGAUUCCAUCGGUGAACAAUUAGAGUUUCUGGAAGAGAUUUUGGCCAAGAGGAAAGAGAUAAACUCCAAGCUUGAAGAUGAGAUGAAGGCCUACGAGGACAUACAAGAGCAGAUAAAGCUGUCGAAAAAAUGGAAAAAGAUGAAAAGGAGAAGAGAAAGGGAAAUGCUGAAAAUGAUGGAAAAGGAUUUAGUACUGGAUUUCCCGGAUGACCGUCAGCCGCUUUGGUCAAUCACAGGCGAUGGCUGGUCAUGGACAGGGUACAGAGUCUAUUCUUUGGACGAUUGUUACCAUCCUUGGGGUUUCACCCAAGGUCUAAGGGAGAGGACGCCGUUACAGCUCGGCACAACAAAGUACCCAGCAUCUCACACUAUAUCAGGUUACACGAGUUUCGUCGAAUUUACGGAAAACCUCAAAAACGAUUAUAUUAAAUCCUUUAACAAGGCGUCAAAACAGAACCUUAUUUCAAGCGGAUCCUUAGGUAACAUCCGUUUGACGAGGUGCGAAAGUUCGAUCGGUGACAAAUCGAUGGGUGGCAAUAUUGCCAGCAAGGCCUCCAAUGCGACGCUGACUCUCUUGAUGAAGAAGUUGACAGAAGGGCUCGACGUCCCUCAUAUACCUGGCAGGAUCGCGAGACCAGACCCCUUGCCGGAUUUCGUGGAUCCCGAAAACGAAGACUUCGUCCCGAGAGAGUCCGGUCCGCCGGCCUUUCCUCUCAGAGAAGACCCGAUCGAACCCGAACAAACCUACGGGUACAAGUACGUCGUAAGGCUCAUGGAAACGGAGACGCUGACCCUCUUUGAGAAAGAGUCCACGAUUGUUUAUUCGAAUUCUGAAGAAGCGGAAGAACUCAGGAUUUUAGAAACUGUAGCAAAAGAAAACAAGAGAAAAAGAGAAACUUUCGAAAUUAACGUUAGCGACGCAUUGACACAAAUUGUGCCCAAACCGCAAGGCAACUUCGCUGCUUUGAUUACCGCUCCUGAGAGGAAGUCCAUCGGAAUUUAUGCCUGCAUGGGCGAUAUUCAAAGUUCGCAGGUACUCGAAGCGCCGCAGGAGAUCGACCCCAACUUGGCGUACUUGGCCGCUUUGGCUUCUUCGGAGGAGGAGGACGAUGACGACUCUUCGCCUCGAGCGAUCGUCUGUUCAAAAGCAUUCCAUGAUGUGGCAAAUACCAUCGAAAGGAUACUAAGCACAAAUCCCUACCUAGAUCACUUAAUAGCCUAUCAGGGUGCUCUUGUUCCGGAUCCAUACGCGCCGGUCGUCGAGAUAAACAUUGUCCUUGUAUACCUCUGGACGUUCAAAUACCCGAAGAAGGUGCACGAACGUAAAAUUAAAAGGCAGAGCGUUUCCUCGAUAGCGUGGAGCGACAAGCUCGAAGCGGUCAUAGCUGUCGGCUACGGGAGCUUCUACAGCACGACGUUCCAUUACGGUCUGAUCUGCAUCUGGAACUUAAAGAACCUCAUGAACCCGGAGCGGAUCAUGACCUACAAGGCGGGAGUGUGCCACGUCGAGUUUUCCUCGAAGCACCCGUACAUCCUCAGUUGCAGUUUCCAGGACGGCUUCAUCGCCGUAUACAACAUCUAUCCGCAGAUACCGUCGAUCUUAUGCGACAACAAAAAGUGCACGGUCCACGCCGGCGAGCCCGUCUGGCAGGUGUCCUGGAUGAACAACAGCAUGGGCGAGGAGGUGUUGGUGGCAGGAGGGCAGACCGGCGAGUUCUACGCGUACGCAAAGCAGAGCUUCAGUCGGCCCAACAUCCUAAUGGCGAUCACUAGGAAAGAAGGUAUGGUCGUCGGAUUCGAAGACACCCAGGGCGUCUGUACCACCCCGAAGCUGAACAGCGUCCCGGCCAUCAUGUGCUUCGUCCCUGUUCCGGCGGACAAAGAGAACUUCCUCGUCGGGACCGACGACGGGAGCGUCAGAGUGAUAUCCCUUUUCGCGAGGAAUCUUCAGACCGACUUGUUCAAUGCGCAUCGGGACAAAAUCAAUCGCAUCGAAUUCAGCCCGUUUUGUUCCAAGCUGUUCUUCACCGUCGGCGGGGAUUUCGCAUUGAGGAUUUGGGUCUACGGGCUGAAGUCACCCAUCUUGUCCUUGGUCGCGAGGGACAUGUACAUCGAGGACGCUGCCUGGUCACCGGCGAAUCCUUCUCUCCUCGUCAGCGUUGGCGGCAUUUACAUCGAUCUUUGGGAUCUGGGCCGCUGCGGGAUUGGAAAACCCAUCGCUACAGCGACGAAUCCGAGAAACAAAAGGAACUCCAACGUGAGGUUUUCAAACAACGGUAGGAACAUCGCUGUCGGUGACAUAUGGGGUGACGUACAUAUUUUCUGUUUUGACAAGAUGCCUUUCGACCCACUUCUGACCCAAGAGGCUCUACUCAGGUCUUUGGCUAACGCGCUCGCUUUCACCCCUGAAAUAUUGAACCAGGUCGUCAAAAUAGGACACCCUUUUGAUCGUUUAAGCAAUAUUGUUAAAAAGAAAGAGAAAAAAGAAGAUGCAUAUACGGGAAAAAAGGAUAAAUAA